AUGAAUGGCCGGAACAUGGAGGAGAUGCCAUUUGAAAGAGUCAAGACCCGGCGGAAGAAGGGUCGCUGCCCGGCCGGUGCUCCACUGGGCGCCAUCGUCUGCGAGGACGAGUUCAACACACAGGAGCUGGAGGCUCUCUUCCAGAACUACAACCUGAAGCUGGAGCAGACCGCCACCCUCAAAGCGCUGGCGGUGCUCAUCGUGGCCGCGUCGUCGCUGUCCCUGGUGGAGCUGCUGUCCAGCCCGCGUCUCACCUUGUCCAAGGGCUCCUACCCGGUGCACUGCGUGGUGUUCUUGUCGCUGUUUAUCGUCACCAACGUCAAAUACCUGCAGGUGACGCAGCUGCAGCAAAUAGCGAAGCUGGCCCUGCUGUUCAGCUUCACCUUUGCGCUGCUCUGCUGCCCGUUCCCGCUGGCGCUCGGCACGUCGGAGCUGGUGAGCGCCGCUGCCCCUGAGCAAGGCGUGUGGCAGCUCAUGCUGGUCACCCUCGUGGCUUACGUGCUGCUGCCGGUGCGGACGCUGCUGGCUGUGCUGUUCGGGGUGAUGCUGGCUGCGUCCCACUUCAUUGUCAUAGCGACGUCGGUCACGGGAAGGAAACAGAGGCUGUGGAGACCGCUGGUGGCCAAUGCGGUGCUGUUCACCAGCGUCAACUUGUCGGGGGUGUUUGUGAGGAUUCUCACCGAGCGCACCCAGAGGAAAGUCUUCCUGCAAGCCCGCAACUGCAUCGAGGAGAGGCUGAGGCUGGAGGACGAGAAUGAGAAGCAGGAACGUCUGCUAAUGAGCCUACUGCCCAGGAAUGUUGCCAUGGAGAUGAAGGAGGACUUCCUGAAGCCGCCUGAGCGGAUAUUUCACAAGAUCUACAUCCAGCGUCAUGACAAUGUCAGCAUCCUCUUUGCGGACAUUGUGGGUUUCACCAGCCUGGCGUCUCAGUGUACAGCUCAGGAGCUGGUCAAACUGCUUAACGAACUCUUUGGGAAGUUUGACGAGCUGGCUACAGAGAACCACUGCAGGAGGAUAAAGAUCCUGGGGGACUGUUACUACUGUGUGUCGGGACUGACCCAACCCAAAGCAGACCACGCCCACUGCUGUGUGGAGAUGGGACUGGACAUGAUUGACACAAUAGCGUCGGUGGUGGAGGCAACGGAGGUGGAUCUGAACAUGCGUGUUGGUCUGCACACAGGACGGGUGCUGUGUGGCGUGCUGGGCCUCAGGAAAUGGCAGUAUGACGUCUGGUCAAACGAUGUCACACUGGCAAAUGUGAUGGAGGCUGGAGGGCUGCCUGGCAAGGUACACAUCACAAGGACCACCCUGGAGUGUCUGAAUGGAGACUACGAGGUGGAGCCGGGCUUUGGCCACGAGAGACAUGCCUUCCUCCAGAAACAUCACAUAGAGACAUAUUUCAUCGUGCCAUCACACAGACGCAAAAUCUUUCCAGGUCUUAUUCUGUCAGACAUCAAGCCAGCCAAGAGGAUGAAGUUUAAGACGGUGUGCUACCUGCUGGUGCAGCUGAUGCACUGUAGGAAGAUGUUCAAGGCAGAGAUCCCCUUCUCCAACGUCAUGACCUGCGAGGAUGACGACAAGCGGAGAGCCCUGCGGACCGCGUCAGAGAAGCUGAGGAAUCGGACGUCCUUCUCAGCCACGGCCGCGCAGCACUCGCCAGGGACGCGAGUCAACCGCUACAUCGGGCGGCUCAUUGAAGCGCGGCAGACCGAGUCCGAGACAUCAGACCUCAACCACAUCACCCUGUUCUACAGGAGCAGAGACAGGGAGCGUAGGUAUCACCAGGUGUAUGAUGACCAUUUCAUCAGUGCAGUGGUUCUCUCUCUGAUCCUCGCUGCUCUGUUUGGCCUUAUCUAUUUGCUAAUGAUCCCACAGGGGAUGCUGGUGCUGCUGCUGCUGGUGCUGUGUGUGUGUUUCCACGUGGCCUGUGUCAUGUACCUUCAUCUCACCAGUGUUCAGUGCCAACCGGGCUGCCUCACCAUCCAGAUCCGAACAGUGCUGUGUGUCUUCCUCGUUCUGCUCACCUACUCUGUUACACAGGCCUGUGUGGUGGGAUGCGUUCCUUGGGGGUUAGUUGGGACGAACUCCAGUGACUCAGUGGAGGACGUCCCUGUAGACGCCAACAGCACAGGAGUGGACAGGGCUUGUCCCAACAUGGCGUAUGCCCUGUUGUCCUGCGUGGCUGGCACCCUCACUCUUGUCCCCUACCUCCGGGUCUCCUCGCUCCCCAAGAUCCUCCUGCUCCUCCUCCUCUCUGUCACCUACACUGUUGUCAUGGAGACCAGUGGCUAUCGCCAAGCUGUGGGAGGAGGGUUUCUCCACACUCGUGGGUAUGAUCCUGUGCUGGCGGUCUUGCUGUUUUCGGGAGCUCUGGCGCUUCAUUCAAGACAGCUGGACCUGAAGCUGCGGCUUGACUAUCUGUGGGCUACUCAGGCGGAGGAGGAGAGAGAUGACAUGGAGAAGGUGAAGCUGGAUAACAAGAGGAUCCUGUUCAACCUGCUGCCAGCUCAUGUGGCUCAGCACUUCCUCAUGUCAAAUCCCAGGAACAUGGACCUGUACUACCAGUCCUACGCCCAGGUCGGAGUGUUGUUCGCCUCCAUUGCCAACUUCAACGACUUCUACAUUGAGCUGGACGGGAACAACAUGGGCGUAGAGUGUCUCAGGCUGCUCAAUGAGAUCAUCGCUGACUUUGAUGAGCUGAUGGACAAAGAGUGCUACAGGGACAUUGAGAAAAUCAAGACUAUUGGCAGUACAUACAUGGCUGCAGUAGGGCUGGUUCCUACAACUGCCUCCAAGGCGAAGAAGUCCAUCACCUCACAUUUAUGCACAGUGUCAGAUUUUGCCAUCGAGAUGUUUGAUGUCCUGGAUGCCAUCAACUACCAGUCUUACAAUGACUUUGUCCUGAGAGUCGGUAUCAACGUGGGACCAGUGGUGGCAGGAGUGAUUGGAGCCAGAAGACCUCAGUAUGACAUCUGGGGAAACACAGUGAACGUAGCCAGCAGGAUGGACAGCACUGGAGUGCAGGGAAAGAUACAGGUGACAGAGGACGUCCAUCGCCUCAUCACGGACUACUAUAACUUUGUUUGCCGCGGCCAGGUCAGCGUGAAGGGCAAAGGUCAGAUGCUCACAUACUUCCUGGAAGGGCGCAGGCAGGCCAGCAGAACAUCUCAAACCCAGCAGCAGCCCGGCAACGCCGAGCGCCGCUCCAGCGUGUUCACCCACGGCAGCGUGUGCACCAGGCUGAGCCCCGCUCCCACCGUGACCACCUACGCUACCAUCAGGACCCCGAGCCCGAGCACGGCCAAACCGACCACCUCCACCAGCACCACCAGGUACCUGCCCUCUGUCCCCACGGCAAUGGUGUGA